UUUCCCUUCACAAAGUUAAGCUUAAAACCCUUUCUUAAGCUUCUGUGCUUCUUUGGAGCUGCCAUGAUCACUCACGCUUACGCUAUGGACUCUCAGAACAAAGCUGAAGAGCUUGCGUCCACUAUCCUCGCCUCUUCAUCUCCACCUAUGAUAUCUGCUGCUUGCACAGCAGUCGAAGCUUACCUUCAGAAACAUACCGCAGACCAGAGCCGAUCUUUCUUCUCGAUUGUGUUCCCUGUCCUAAUUUGUAAGAUUUUCGGAUUCGAUGAAUGCUUGUCGCAGAAAUCGCCUUCGUCUGGUGGAUGGAUUGAACAGAUUCAGGCUUCUAGUGAUUCUGAGCUUGCAGGUAGGGUUUUCGAUCUGCUUUCCCCUUCUGGUGUUUUGGUUUCUUCGCUUACUGCUGUAGAUCGGCAUUCUCUGGUGAAAUACGUGUUUCCGGUCGAGAGAUUGCCUGAAUGGGCCAGGUGUAUGCUCCAGAAUGAGAGAGAUUCUCGUGUCUUGUCGGAUUUAUUUCCGUUGUUCAGAGGGAGGAUUAAGGAUGAUCAAGUUAAGGGUUCUUACCAUGUUCAGUUGAAUGUGUUUGAAUACUAUAUGUUCUGGUUUGCUUAUUAUCCUGUGUGCAGGGGCAACAGCGAAAGUUCUGACGCUGCAAUAGUUAAGAAAAGCCGGAGGUUUAGGUUAGAGAAUUGGACCUCAUCUCUCCCAGUUGUAGGGGGUGCUACGCGUGGGUUAGGGCAGAAGAAUGAAUGUAGCUUGUAUGUUCGACUUCUCUAUGCUUACCUACGGGCGUUUGUCCCGGAUCAGAGCUCAAACGCUCAUCAGCCUUACCGUAGUUCUCUUCUUCAUUAUUCUUCCGGCUACGAUGGCUCAGUUCUCAUGCAAGCGGAAUUCUUGGUUAAUACGUUGAUACACUUUUGGUUGGUUGAUAAUGAUUUCUCACCGUUACCUGUGAACGUAUUCCGAUCAGUCGGUGUCUCUUUUCCUUUCCGAGCAGUUUUGGGUGAGACUCCGCCAACUUCUGGGCUGGGAGAAGUUUUGAAAUUGUUUGUGAAAUAUCUGAUGAGAAGCUUGUUUGCUCCUACGGACGGUUUUGAUCCGGUUGAAUCUACUGGAAGCCCUCUUUGGAGGGUUUCAGGUUCUGUUGAUGUUUUAAAAUCUAGGGCCGCGUUGUCACUAUUUUCUUAUGGGAGUUCUGUUGGUUCUUGGACCUCUUUGGUUCAAAGGCCUUUGUACAGGUUCAUAUUAAGAACAUUUUUGUUUUGCCCAAUGGAGACCUCCAUCAAGAAUGCAUCUCAGGUCUUCUCACUCUGGCUCACUUACAUAGAACCAUGGAAAAUUACAUUGGAAGAUUUUUCGAAGCUUGAUGCACUUGUAGACCAAUCUACUGGAAACUCGAGAAAUGAGAAUUUCCAGUCCCCGGAUAAAAAGGAUGCCCUCAAGGAUGAGUGUCAAUCUGCAAGUGGCUAUGCAUCUCCCUGGCAAGGAUUUGUGCUGUCCAAUUAUCUAUUCUAUAGCUCUUUGGUUAUGCAUUUUUUUGGAUUUGCCCACAAGUUUCUUCACACAGAUACAGAGACAAUUAUUCAGAUGCUGUCAAAGGUACUAAACGUUUUAACAUCGUCAAGAGAGCUGAUGGACCUAGUAAAGAGAGUUGAUGCUGCAUUUCAUUCAAAACCAAAUGUAUCUUCCUCACCAAUGAUCAACAGUUUACAAAAAUAUGUUCCUUCCAUUCGGGAGCAGUUGCAGGACUGGGAGGAUGGCUUAUCUGAGGGUGAUGCUGAUGGAUCCUUCUUACAUGAAAACUGGAACCAAAAUUUGUCUCUUUUCAGCGAGAGUGAAGAUGGUGGACGUCAUUUGCUUCAGUUGCUGAUAUUGCGUGCUGAAUCUGAAAUCCAAGAAAUUUCUGGUGACAAUUUGCAACGUAACCUUCAGACCCUGGAUUCUUUGAAAGCUCAGAUGUGUUGUUUAUUUGGUUGCACUGCCGGGAGUACCUCACCAGUCACGUCAGAAGUGAAGCAGGUUCAGCACACCAGGGAUGAGAUAUUCAAGCCCAGGAGGGUUGGCAAUCAAACAUUAACUGAUGUCAAGUACAAGGGUGACUGGAUGAAGCGGCCUGUCUCUGAUGGUGAGAUUGCAUGGCUUGCAAGGUUGCUUGUCAGCUUGUCAGUCUGGCUGAAUGAGGUUCUUGGGUUAACCCAGGGAGAGAGCAGUGAUGUAUGGCCAUCUUGGUCUAAUGUGGACUUAUCUGGUGAUGGAUUAGGGAAGGAAGGUGGGCUCAAGGAGGCUCUUAGGAUGGUCCUGUGCUCUGUUGGUUCUUAUCUUCUCGUGUUUGCAUUAGGGAUAUUUAAGUUUAUGAGAUUGCAUGGGCUGCGAGUGAACCUGAGGGUGUUGGCAUCGAAGAAGAUUGUUGUGGUUAUGCUUUUAUCUGCUGUGUUUGGUGCAUUGAAGAAGGCAUGUGGGCAGUAUCCAUCCUCCCCAUCCUGUAAUUUGGUUUAGUUGACCUGACAGAAAGAUGCAGCAUAUAGAGCCCUUUACUACUGAAAAAAUCAGUAACAGUUAAGUAGAUCCGGUUGAGUCUUUCCCGUAUGUAGAUAGCUGUGUAUAUGCAGAAGAAAGGAAAAAGUUGUGUUAUCCUACCAAGCUUUUCGCACCACUUGACUGUAUAGUUAACUCCAAUUUGGUGUCCUCGGUUAAGCUCCAAUGUUAUCAGUUUUGUCCAUUUUAU